AUGAAGACUUCCACAAGACCACCGCUUGUCUCAUCUCAUUCUCAUCCACAUCCCUCUCGCCAUUCCCAGGCGAAUAUGCAAGCCUUCCGCGCUAACAGGUCAACAACAACGCCUGUGGCGUCACCUCGCAUGCCUCAUUCCGUCGGUCAACCUUAUCCUCCUCCUAAUGCCAAAAUACCGCCUGCCGUUGCAAACGUUCGACCGCCAAGUCCUAAUUACUUUGGCCUAAAUGUGGAUCAUUCAACUGCUGGUACCCAAGACUCAGCUAUUGCUCCUCUCGAUCAUUGGAGUCCUCCCAGUUCAUCUAUUAAGUCAUUCGGUGCCGCAAUACCAAAGCAGCUUCCCCUCGACGCCAAUCCCGAAUUUGAAGCCUUUAGACGUCAGGUCGAUGCAAAUCGGACUGGGGGUUUUAAUCUCGGCAAUGCCUAUUUUGCAAACGCCCAGUCACCUUUAUUAGCAAGGCCUAGGCCGCCGCGUUUAGUGACCAAUCAUAGUGACAGCGCUUCUGAGGUAUCUAGUUCUAGAUCGUUUACUGGAAGGAAUUUGGAUGGUGCCAACAGUCGCAUGGAUGUUGAUACGGAUAGUCUGAACGACUCUGCGUAUGUAUCAUCAGAUUCAAAGAGGAACUCGGAGGUGUCACUGAAUCUGCCAUCGUUUAGCAACCUGCCCCGUUUUGAGUCUCCUGCUCAUGCUGACUCUCCUUUUGAGCCUUUGCGUAGGACCACAUUGUCCAAGAUUGAUGAUCGACAUCCACGACUAUCCCUUCCUCAUGAGAGGUGGGAGCAAUCGAUGGAGAACAUGAAGCCACGUGCUGAGACCCUGCCGACGACACUGGAAAGUGGUCCGGGCCUAAUUUUGCCGAGUAAUCUCAAGGAAAUGCUCCAGAAUAUGCCGGAAAAUGACUAUCUAUUAUUGGAUGUCCGGGUAUCUACUCAAUAUGCCCAAUCGCGAAUCCGUGGUGCUUUGAAUCUUUGUAUUCCGACAACUUUGUUGAAGCGGGCCACGUUCAAUCUCGAGAAGUUGCAGCAAACUCUCCAGCUUGAAGAGGACCAACAAAAGUUUGCGCAGUGGGCAAGUGUGAAGUAUCUUAUCGUAUACGACGGCUUUUCGACCGAGAAGCGAGAUGCUGUGUCGGCUAUGAAUAUGUUCAAGAAGUUCGUGAAUCAAGGCUUUAAUGGAAAUACGCUCCUAUUAAAGGGGGGAUUUCAAGCCUUUGCGACCGAAUAUCCUGCGUUCAUUGAUUACCAGUCAGCCUCCGGACGGCCCGGUACUUCAACUUCACCGGAUAGCGGGCGACCGAGUUUUGCCCCCGUGAUUGGUGGCGUGAUGCUCCCUUCUGGCGCCAACAAUCCCAAUCCAUUCUUCAGCAACAUACGGCAGAAUAUGGAUCUAGCUGAUGGUGUCGGACAAAUGGACAUCUCGGUUCCAGCCAAUCUAGAUGCCACCAACCUUCCAUAUUGGCUCCAGGAUGUUACCAGACCCUCAGAUCACGGCAAAAAGGCUUCUGAAAGAUUUUUGCAGAUAGAGCGCAGCGAACAAUCUCGUAUGCGUGAAGCUUAUGCGUCAUUCAAUACAUCUGCGCCCCUAACUGGGAAAUCUGGGGGAGUCCGCCUAUCGGGAGUGGAAAAGGGAGGCAAGAACCGUUACAAGGAUAUUCUCCCCUUUGAGCAUGCUCGUGUUCAUCUGGCCGGUCGAGUGGAGGGUAGCUGCGAUUACAUCAACGCCAGCCACGUUCAGGCAUCGCGCAGUCACAAGCGUUAUAUUGCGUCGCAGGGACCUUUGCCAGCUACUUUCGAUGAUUUCUGGUCGGUGAUUUGGGACCAAGACGUUCGUGUUAUCGUCAUGUUGACGGCGGAAUCGGAAGGUGGUCAGCUCAAGUGUCAUCCGUACUGGCAAAAGAACGAAUUCGGGUCGAUCAAACUCAGGCCAAUAUCUGAAAAGAAAGUAUCGUUAGAUAUCGACAAGCAUCGAUCGGCUACUGGAACCGCGUCAUCUGCAGCUAACACAGCAGAUGCCGGGCGACGCCGUGCUAACACCACAACCACGCUUAACGCGGCCCAAAACGCUCAACCUCCUCAACCACAGUCAGAUGCCCAUUAUGUCAUUGUUCGAAAGUUUGCGCUGUCGCAUGCUGCCCAUCCAUUCUCCCCCAUACGAGAGAUCACCCAACUUCAGUAUCCGUCAUGGCCCGAUUUCGGAGCACCUGCGCAACCGUCACACCUGCUCGCUCUCGUUGAAUUAACGAACAUAAUGCAGCGUGCGGCCUUGCCUGUGGACGCGAAUUCGAUUGCUGCGUCAGUUGCUACUGACAAUCCAGCGGCCAUGGGGUGGUACGACGAUCCUGAAUCGGAUACAGAUGCUAGACCAAUUCUUGUACACUGCUCAGCUGGAUGUGGCCGUACUGGCACGUUCUGUACCGUCGAUAGUGUCAUUGAUAUGCUAAAACGACAACGCAUGGCCGCUAUCAACCGACCCGAUGCUGAUGGGGAUGUAAGCAUGAGCGAAGGUUCUUCUAAUCGCCGUCGAAGUGUUGUCCUUAGUGGACCCAACCUUGGGCAGAGCAAGAUCGGAGCCAAGGAAAUAGACACCAGCUGGCUCACGGACACAAAUCUCGACCUAGUUGAGACGACUGUGGAGGACUUUAGACGACAAAGAAUAAGCAUGGUUCAAAGUCUAAGGCAAUUUGUCCUCUGUUACGAGACUGUGGUAGAAUGGGUUUGUAGAUACCAGGAGAGACAUAACAGCACUCUCGGUGGCAGGGGACGACCACGAAGCGAGACUCUAGACGCCAGGAGAUAA